UUCCUGAGUCGCUAUAAACGGAAGAGGAAUGAAAUGUUUUCGAGUUAUUAUGAAAUGUAUACGUUAAGUCGCUAAAAUGAACUUCUUAAGAACUUCUGUUGUCAUGGUUUUAAUGCGGAUACAAGGUGCAUUAUCAGUAACCCACUCUCUGAAGUAUUUCUACACGGCAUCUUCUGGAAUCCCAAACUUCCCUUCAUACGUGUCUGUUGGGUUGGUGGAUGAUGUUCAGAUCAGUUACUGUGACAGCAACACCAACAAAAACGUUCCUAAACAGGAAUGGAUGACAAACAUGGGCCAGGAACACUGGGAGAGGGAAACCCAGAUAUGUCUUGAAAAGCAGCAAACCUUCAAAGGCAAUCUUGAAAUUGCAGGAAUACGAUUCAACAAUAAUAGAGGAGUUCACGUCUAUCAGGAGAUGUACGGUUGUGAAUGGGAUGAUGAGACUGAAGAGGUUAGAGGUUAUGAUCAGAUUGGUUAUGAUGGAGAAGAUUUCAUAAUUAUGCACCUUGAGAGUGAAUCAUGGCUCGCUGCAAAAAGACAAGCUGUUAUCAGCAAAAACAAGUGGAAUCAAGAUAGAGCUGCUUUAGCAUAUCAAAAGACUUACUUUUAUCAGGAGUGUCCUGAGUGGCUGAAGAAGUAUUUGAACUAUGGGAGGAGCUUCCUGUUAAGAACAGAUCUUCCCUCAGUUUUCUUCCUCCAGAAGUCUUCCUCUUCUACAAUCAGCUGCUUUGCUACAGGUUUCUACCCCAACAGAGCAGAAAUGUUCUGGAGGAAAGAUGGAGCAGAGAUCCAUGAUGGUGUGGAGAAAGGAGAGAUCCUCCCUAACAAUGAUGGAACCUUCCAGAUGAGCGUUGACCUGAACCUUUCAUCAUCUGAGGACUGGACCAAAUAUGAAUGUGUGUUUCAGCUCUCUGGUGUUGACAAAUACAUAAUUUAUAGACUGGAGAAACCAAGAACUAACUAUGAAGACUUUAUCAAGGCUUUAAGAGCAUCUCUAUCUAGUGACAAAUCAGAUGAAAGCAACAAAUCAGAUGAAAGCAACAAAUCAGAUGAAAGCCAAGGCAGCGUCUCAUCAGAAAAAACACUGCUACCUGACCCUUCCAAGGCCUCAACAUCAUCUCUGUCUAGUGGCAAAUCAGAUGAUAGCCAAGGCAGCGCCUCAUCAGAAACACCACUGCUACCUGAUACAGACCGUACCAAGGCCUCAAGACCAUCUGUAUCUAGUGAGAAAUCAGUUGAAAGCAACAAAUCAGACGAUAGCCAAGGCAGCGCCUCAUCAGAAACACCAUUGCUACCUGAUAUAGACCGUACCAAGGCCUCAAGACCAUCUGUAUCUAGUAACGAAUCAGAUGAAAGCAACAAAUCAGAUGAAAGCAACAAAUCAAAGGAAAGCCAAGGCAGCGUCUCAUCAGAAACACCGUUGCUACCUGAAAAAUGACAGCAAAUGGGGACUGAGGAAAUGGAACUGCUGCAUGCUACAGCUGCUGAAAAUAAAAUUUAAAUUACAUUUCAAUUUUCCAAAAUUUUUGAAAGAUUUUGAUGAUUUUCUUGCUAUUGCAACAGAUCUUUGUUUUGAAAUUGAGGUUUAAAAAAAAAAAAAAUCGAAAGUUUGCAUCAUGUGCUAUUGGUAAGUGGUUCUCCUUUUGAUUAACAUUCAUAAAGCUGGUAAAUCUGUUAUCACUUUCAAUAUUUCAUGACUGGUAGUUUCUUGCUGAUACUGAAUGUGACUAUUUAAUUUUUGGUCAGGUGCUAAUUCUCAUAUUUUGGUGUUUUUUUUAUUGUUAAUUUUCUAUAACAAUUUAAAGUAAAAAAUAUGUUUGCUUAAAGUAGAGGUUGACUUUAUAAUUCUUAUAUUGAAUUAAAUGUUUUUUUUAUUGAAAUAUUGUUUCUUAGAAUCUCUCAACUUGUUUUAUGUUGUAAUUUCAUCCUUAUUUUGUUAUGGGU